AUGAAGGAAGGAAAGAGGGAGGAACGAGAAAAAGGGGACGAAGAGAAAGAAGAAAGAUUGGAGGAACGAGAAAAAGGAAAAAGGGAGACGAAAUUGAAGGAGAAAGAUGGAGGAACGGAAGAAAAGGGAGCACGAAGAAAAAGGGAAACGAGAAAGAUGGAGGAAAACGAGAAAAAGGGAGGGACGAGAGAAAGUAGAAAGAAUGGAGGAACGAGAAAAAAGGGAGACGAAGAGAAAGAGAAAGAAUGGGGAAGGAACGAGGAAAAACGGGAGACGAAGAGGAAAGAGAAGAUGGAGGAAAAACGGGAAGAAAAAGGAGAGACGAAGAGAAAGAGAAACAUGAUGGAACGGAGAAAAAGGGAGACGAAGAGGAGAGAAAGAUGGGGAAACGAGAAAAGGGGGACGAAGAGGUAA